AUGUAUUCAGAAGCAGCUCUUCCUUAUUUAAAUUUUGACUAUAAUUCCCGUUUUCUUACUGUAGUUUUAUCAAUUUUCGGAAUAAUUUCAAAUAUUCUCCAUUUUUCAAUUUUGAUCAAAAAAUCAUUACGAACAAGUCCCGUUUUUAUAUUUAUGGCUGUGAUUUCAAUUUGUGAUAUUUUCCAAUUAUCAAUUCAAAUUUUCAAUGAUAUUUCCCAUUUAAUCAAUUUCAAAAAUCCUCAUUUUUGUCUUGGAUAUUAUACUUAUUGGGGUACUGUACUCCAAUUGCUCAUCCUAUUUUUCUCCUCCUUUUUCAUUUCAAUUUCCAAUUGGUUCCCAAAAUGUAUUCAGAAGAAGCUCUUCCAUAUUUAA